AUGGCUGACCAGUAUCCAACAAUAUUGUCCAGAGUCACAGCAACUAAGGAAUGCAUCCUACGGUGGAUUCAGGAUGGCGAUCAUAUCCGGUCUCCCCAAGAAGUGUUUGAGGAAGAGGCACAUUUCCUCGAGAACAGCAUUCAAAAAGACCGGGAUCUCAUGCAUUCCAGCGCCGAUCAUGAGCAGCUGAGUAGUGCAUUUGACAGAGCCGUACGAUGCAGUGGGCAAUUGAAGGAGCUACAAAUCAAUCAUGAAGCAACUGCCACCCAGAAGGAAGAAAGCUACCAGCAAAGCUUACAGACACAUCUGAGAAGCCUAGCCAAAGAAAUGGUAGACACACUAGGUAUAAGUUUAGUAGAGGAUGUCUUGCGAUCUACACGGGCGGAUUCUAGUAGCGCUCUCGAACCUAAUCCAGGCAGCGUUGCGACAAGUCCUACUCCAGUCUUUCGACCCGGGCGAAAGCGUGGGAGGCCCGCAUCCCCCGAAUGUGAAAUACCGCCACAGAGGCGGCAGCGGCGCGACAUAGAUCAGACAGAAGGAGAAUCGGCUGUUGGUAUUGGAAGCCGGCGAAAGCGCAAGGGCAUUGAAGCAAUCACUGACCCAACCCCCGGCGACAUCUACCUGGGCUACUGGCCUAAGUCGAGGAGCUGGUUGGCCGUCCUUCUCCUCCCCUUGGGCGACUUUACCGACAUCGGUUUAGAAGGCGCAAUCAAGGACACUGGUCUUUUGAACGAGAUCCCGCCAUGCUACAGAUAUAACAAACAUACCAAAAAGAUCUACGGGUGGCAACAUGACUUCGAGGAUAAAGGACCAUUGGUUCUCAAGCGACAAUUUCCUGUCAUGUUUUUUGACGACCAGAAAUCCCCAAAACGAGGUCCAGUUGGCUGGAUGGCUGCUAAGGACCUCAAGGAAUUCGAUCCUCAGGAUUCCAGUGUUCCUCUCAUCUCUAAUUCCCGGUCAGCACUAGAUUUCUAUGAGCUCCAUGGUGGAGCCAAGAAUCUCGAGACUCAACAAGAGAAAGAGACGUCAACUGCGAGCAACGGGAAUCAGGCGCGACAGCAAUUGGAAAACACGUCGAAGAGGAUCCAUACAGAAAGUCAUGCUAGUACCCCAUCUGAGGCGUGCAUGUCUUCUAUUACCGUUUCAGAUUCGGAAUCCGAUGACGAGGAGGAUAUGAGUGAUGGCUCUGAGGCUCAAGAUGUUGUUGAACCAGAAGAUGCUCCCCUAACUAUGCAUGAUGACGAAAACAGCCAAGAUUGCCAUCUAGACAUUCUAGAGAAUGAGAAUGACUUGGAUCACGAACAGGCUCCAAAUCCAGCACCAAUUAGUGCCUCGAGCCCUAAGGGUCUCACUGAGCACCCAACUGCCGAGGAAAAUCUAAGUAUUACAUUUGUUCCAACUACUGCCGCAGCAGAAGGGCAACAGGGGGACUUAGGUAGAAAUAAUAGCAGCACUAAAUCCAGACUCGAUAGUGAACCGAAUACCUCUGAAGGGGGCCAGCGGGAAGAUCCGACUGAAGGCAGCGACAGCACCGAGGAAAUGUCUCCUAUUGAUUUCAACUCUUCUAUAGCAGAGUGUGAAGAACAGAUGAUUGAUAACGAUACCAAUUUUGAUAAUAGGCUUUUCGCUAGUCCAGUCCUCUCUCCUACAGAGCGGCCAGAGGAGGUGAUAGGGAACGGUGACAGCAUUAGACCUCUGCAUUCUACGAAAACGCCCCCCCUCGAAUUGGAACAGCGAGGAAGUCUAGCUGAGAACGGGAGCGGUACUGGUUCCGGGGACUCUGUUAAUACAAGCUUCCCUAAAACACAACAACAACGGGCUCAGGACGAUAAUAGUGACAGGACUGUAGCUAGAGUCCCGAUUGCACCAGCUUUGCUAGUCAGAGAGGAGCAACCGAGCUCAUGUCCCACAAUACCUGCUCACUCGGCACUGACUCAGACGGCUGUUGGCGCUCUUGGUCUCUUGUCUCCCGAGGCCACAGCAUCAGAGCUAAAUAGUGCUCGACCACACUCAUCGUAUGGUGGAAUGCAGAUAGCACGGACUACAUCAAUAGAGACAGCGUCGGCAACGAAGGGCAUACAAGAUGUUACAGGCAAAACGGCCCAGGGGAACAGUGCUUCUAGCGAUGCUGAUGUCAACCAAGCCAUACAGUACGGCUCAAAAGAGCAUUUACCCAAGACACCAUUGCCUCCCAUGCAGGCUGCACCAUUACCUGCUAGCAUACAGUACAUAACAGGAACUCCUUGGAUCCUCGGCGGGGCCCAACAGCCACACACCCUCGGACCAGUUAUUCAACCAUAUAUGGGAACCCACGCGGGACUUCCCCGCUUGUCCUCGGGCUCUCAGACGGGUGGAUUAGGAUCUUCACCUGUUGGCCACAACGUGGCGCCGGGGAGCCCACGGCUCAACGCCUACAAGCCCACUACCCAUGCCCCGGGAUAUAGGCCUGAUCAACCCGGUGGCUCUGAAUAUCGCGGCUCACCAAUAUCUAUGCCGACAUCAUCUGUCAAGACCACGCAUAUAGGGAGAAACGUGCCUCAUCAGCCAGGCAGGCAACCGUCCCAUGAAGACAGCCAGGCCCCGACGGAGAAAUAUUACGAUAGGGCUACUCUCGAUGCCCAUCGGAAUAGUCGAGGGUGUAUCCCUGCCCUUAUUGCAGACAAGCUUUCAGCAGUUUAG